GCCCGCUUUUAUUAAAUCGAUUUCUCGAGUUCAAGAUGUCGCCCACAAUCGAUCAGUUGAUAAUCGAGAGUGAGUCAUCAACUAAAAUCGAGUAGUCGAAUCUUCUGUCCCAAAAAAUAUUCAAUCGGGUUAAAUAAACCCCAUAAUUAAUACAUCAAAUAGGUAUCGGGUGUUGCUAGUGCUGCUGGUGGACGAAAGCGGCGACACGGAGUAGGCAACGAGAGCAAACUACAAGUGAGCCAGUAAAAGAGUGACGAAGCGGGACACAAAAGAAAGACAAUCUUUUAAAUUUAUUCCGCAUUCAAAAUAAUCCUGAUUAUCAUAAAUUGCCGAUAAAUCGCAGAGUUAAUUAUCUAAACUAGUACUACGAUUGCAGAAAGGGAACAUAAAAACGGCUUUUUUGUGGUCCGAUGUCUAGUGCUGAGGUGGUGGAGAGUUCCGUUGACCCUCCAGCCAAGAAGCGACGCGUUGCUGCUACAACAGGAGGUGCCGACGACUCAUAUAAAACCCCGAUAAUGGCCAAAAAUGGCUCCAAUCCACCUGCUGGAGGCGGAGUUGAUGGCAGUGGAAGUGCUGGUGGUGGCGGAGCAACAACCAGCGGUGACAUCGACGAGGGCUUGUAUUCACGACAACUCUACGUACUUGGUCACGAUGCCAUGAGACGCAUGGCCUCAUCAGAUGUCCUGAUAUCAGGCCUCGGUGGUCUUGGUGUCGAAAUCGCUAAGAAUGUUAUCCUUGGAGGUGUCAAAUCAGUGACACUCCAUGACAACCGUUUGUGUACGAUCGCAGAUCUAGGCUCACAGUUCUAUCUCACCGAAGCGGACAUUGGUAAAAAUCGCGCUGUCGCUUGCUACCAGCGUUUGUCUGAGCUGAAUAAUUACGUACCCACUCGCUACCACGAGGGAGAGCUGGAUGAGGAGACAAUUAAAAAAUUCAAAGUCGUCGUGCUCACUGAGACAACUCUGGAUGAUCAGUUGCGUAUAGCAGAGAUAACUCGUGCCAAUGACAUCGCUCUGAUAAUCGCAGACACUCACGGUCUAUUCGCUCAGGUAUUUUGUGACUUCGGACCAGCAUUUACUGUAGUUGACACUACUGGUGAGCCACCGGUCAGUGCGAUGAUCGCAAGCAUUUCUCGCGAUGCCGAGGGUGUUGUCACUUGUCUAGAUGACACUCGUCAUGGUAUGGAAGACGGGGACUAUGUUACUUUCUCCGAGGUCCAAGGAAUGACUGAAAUAAACGGGUGUGAGCCGAAAAAAAUUAAAGUCCUUGGUCCAUAUACAUUUUCCAUUGAUGACACGUCGUCAUUCAGUGAAUACGAACGCGGUGGUAUUGUCACUCAAGUGAAAAUGCCCAAGACAAUUAACUUCAAGCCACUGAAAGACGCUCUGGUACAGCCGGAAUUUAUCAUCACCGACUUCGGUAAAUUUGAUUACCCAGAGCAGCUUCACUUGGCAUUCAUUACUCUCCAUGAGUACGUAAAGACUCGGGGUAAAUUACCCCGUCCUUGGAACCAGGAAGACGCAGACGCAUUUAUGGCACUCGUGGAAACAGUGAAAGAAAAACACGGUAUCGCUACUGAAGUUAAUAAGGAAUUGCUGGAGACGUUCGCUAAGAUAUCUGCUGGUAAUUUGAACCCAAUCAAUGCAACCAUUGGUGGUAUUGUUGCUCAAGAAGUUAUGAAAGCUUGCUCAGGUAAAUUUUCACCAAUUUACCAGUGGUUGUACUUCGACGCUAUUGAAUGCUUGCCUCAAGAUCGUUCUGAAAUAACAGAAGAAGACUGCAUGCCCACAAACUCCCGUUAUGACUCGCAAAUCGCUAUAUUUGGUCGUAAAUUCCAGUCUAAAAUCGGUGCGCUCAAGUACUUUGUCGUGGGAGCUGGAGCUAUUGGUUGUGAACUGUUGAAAAAUUUUGCUAUGCUUGGUGUAGGCGCUGAAAAUGGUUGUGUUACAAUAACUGACAUGGAUCUCAUUGAAAAGUCUAAUUUAAACCGUCAAUUUUUAUUCCGACCCUCCGAUGUACAAAAAGCUAAAUCAUCAACAGCUGCACGUGUUGUUAAAGCGAUGAAUCCCAGUAUGAAUGUUAUCGCUCAUGAAAAUCGAGUUGGAACUGAGACUGAGAAAGUUUACAACGAUGAGUUCUUUGAAGUACUGGAUGGUGUAGCAAACGCUCUAGAUAACGUAGACGCGCGUAUUUACAUGGACCGUCGGUGUGUUUAUUACAGAAAACCGUUGCUGGAAUCUGGUACACUGGGAACUAAAGGUAAUACUCAAGUGGUUGUUCCUUUUCUCACUGAAUCUUACAGUUCAUCUCAAGACCCACCGGAAAAAAGUAUACCCAUCUGUACAUUGAAGAACUUCCCCAAUGCUAUCGAACACACUCUGCAGUGGGCGAGGGACAAUUUCGAAGGAUUGUUCCGUCAGAAUGCCGAGAACGCUGCCCAGUACAUCAAUGAUCCUCAGUUUGUUGAGAGAACUCUUAAGCUGCCAGGUGUCCAACCACUAGAAGUUUUAGAGCUGGUGAAAACGGCUUUAGUUGACGAGCGACCUAAGACAUUUGUUGACUGCAUCAUCUGGGCACGUCACCAUUGGCAGGAGCAGUACAACAACCAGAUCCGUCAGUUGCUUUUCAAUUUCCCACCGGACCAAGUGACAUCAAGUGGCCAGCCGUUCUGGUCUGGACCCAAACGUUGUCCAGUUCCACUUGAGUUUGACGUAAAUGAUCCACUUCACUUGGACUACGUCGUAGCCGCUGCGAAUCUUAAGGCUGCUGUUUACAACAUGCCACCCAACCGCAAUCGUGAUGAAAUAGCCCGCAUUGCCAGCAGCAUUGAAGUCCCGCCAUUUACUCCUAAAUCAGGAGUAAAAAUUGCAGAGACUGACGCUCAGGUCCAGGUUUCCAAUGGAAGCGGCAGCGUCGAUCACGAACGAUUGAGUCAACUAAUUGACGAGCUGCCGAAACAAAAUGAAAUAAAAGAUCUUGUCAUAAAUCCUCAAGAUUUUGAAAAAGAUGACGACACUAAUUUCCACAUUGACUUCAUUGUCGCAGCUUCAAAUCUACGCGCUAGUAAUUAUCGUAUCCCACUGGCAGACAGACACAAGAGUAAGUUGAUUGCUGGUAAAAUAAUACCCGCUAUUGCAACAACAACAUCAGUCGUAGCUGGACUCGUUUGUCUUGAGUUAAUAAAAUUAACACGUGGUAUUAAAGAUUUAUCACUUUACAAAAACGGUUUUGUAAAUCUCGCUCUGCCGUUCUUUGGAUUCUCCGAGCCAAUUUCAGCGCCGAAGCUCAAGUACUACGACAAAGAAUGGACUCUGUGGGACAGAUUUGAAGUCAAAGGAGAACUUACUCUCAAAGAAUUCUUGGAUUACUUCAAAAACCAACACAAUCUUGAGGUCACGAUGCUGUCUCAGGGUGUCUGCAUGCUCUACUCAUUUUUUAUGGCUAAAGUCAAGUGUCAGGAACGCAUGGGACUGCCUAUGUCUGAGGUCGUCAAAAAAGUGUCCAAGAAAAAACUAGAGCCACAUGUACGCGCUCUUGUUUUUGAACUAUGCUGCAAUGAUGAGAACGGCGAAGACGUCGAAGUUCCUUACGUUCGCUACACUCUGCCUUGACUUUACUAAAUUGCGAUCCACAUAAAUUCAUUAUUAUUAUAAUAAAUAAUUAUUCAACUGAUUAGUCCAUAGUCAUUUAUACAAAUUUAUAUAUUAUUAUAAUUAUAAUCUUAAUAAUUAUACAAUUAAGGGGGAAACGGGUCUGAGAUACAAAAAAAAGAGGAUAUUGUUGUGAUUUUUUUUUCAGAGUACCUUCGUUAUUAAAAUUCUCAAAGUUUGUGACAAUAUUAAGCAACACUCCAAGAAUAUUCUGCUAAAUUUUCAUAAAAAAAUAUUGAAAAUUAAGUCUGUGGUAGUGGGGAGAGACGAGUCACUUAAAAAAAGUCUCCAUGCCGUAGGCAGGAUAACUCAUGACUACCCUAUCUGUCAAAAAACCAAAAAAAUUUCUUUAGUACAUAAGUUUAUCUUGGAUUUGAACAAAGGAAUAAACAAAAUAUUCAUUUUUGGAUUUUUGCUAAAGGUGCAAUCAAUAAUUGCUCUUUUUGCUCAAUUAAAAAAUAAGUAGUUAUUGAAAAGAAUAAUCCUUCGUUCAAAUCUAAGAUAAACUUAUGUACUAAAGAAAUCUUUUUGGUUUUUUGAUUUCCGAUGAAGCAGUCAUGAGUUACCCUCCGUACGGCAUGGAGACUUUUUUUAAGUGACUCGUCUCUCCCGACUACCACUGGCUUAUUUUUCAAUAUUUUUUUUUGAAAAUUUAGCAGAAUAUUCUUGGAAUGAUGCUGAAUAAUGUCACAAAUUUUUAAAAUUUUAAUGACGAACGUACUCUGAAAAAAAAAUCACAAAAUAUCCUCUUUUUUGUAUCUUAGACACCUUUCUCCCCUUAAAUAAAGUAAUUGUAUGAAAAAAAAAAAAAAAAAAAAUGUAUUGAGUUUAAAACGAGUGCUUAAAUUUUUUAGUAACUUUAUUUUGAUAAUUUACAUUUUUCUACACGUGUGAUUAUUGACAUAUGCGCAUUAAUUAUUGAAAAUAAUAUUUUAUUAUUGAUACUAAUAGAUUUUUGAAGAAUAAUUAAUAGAUAAAUAAAGAUACCUUUUUUUUUAUGUAAUCGUCAACAAACUUGGACUUUUCGCGUGAGAAUAUGUGGACUUUCUUGGCAAUUAUAUAUAUAGAUUAAUAUGUAAAUUAAUGAUAACAUUAAUAAUAAAUGAAAAAUGAUAAUAGAGUAAAUUCAAAAAUUUUUAGGCACUGCUAGAUACCAGCGAUGGUAAAUUUACAGCCAUUUAAAACGAAUAUUGAAUAUAUUAAUGAAAAUAUAUAAGAGUGAAUUAAUAAAAAUAAUUGAUUAUUUAUCAAUUAGAUGAAAGCAAAAAAAAUUCUUGCCUCAGUAAAAGAAAAAAAUUUUUUUUAAGUAUUCAGCUACAAUUUUUAAAUGAAAAUUGUUAAUCAUAUCGAUAAUUUUUGUCAUUUUAAUAAAAAUAAAGUAAAGAAGAAAAUAUAAGAUUUUAUUUUCGAAGAGACUAAAAAUGUUUUUCAGGUGCAACAAAUUAAAGUAGAUUUAAUUUUGUACAAAAAAAAAUAUGUUUGACAGUUUGGUAUUCAUUCAAAAGGAUUAUUUAAUUUGAACUUGUGGAUUAUUGAAUAUUUUGAUUGAUAUAGUGAUGAAUAAUAUGGAAAUA